AUGCAAUCGGAUCCAGCCUCAGUGCUUUUCUUCCUCAAGCAAAUUCUUGGUAGAUUCCAAAAUGCGUUCCAAAUUCCUUGCUUAGAGCACUUCUGCGCUUUCACCACAGGCUCUCAGUCUGCUGAGAAGCAGGAUAGCCAAGCGACGUUAGGGGAUCCCAUAUCGACAAGAUGGACAACAGAUGGAUGUGCGACAAAUCCAACGCCUCCAACGUUCCGUAAUGGAACUUUCAUCACGAAUGAUGACUGUGCCAUCACACAGCUGCCUCAAGUCGACGUUGACGGAGACGGUUGUGGCGUUGUAGGUGCGGAGCAUGAGCACGAUCCAACCAAUCUCUCCGAGAUCUUGCAAUGCAUUACUCGAAUGGCAGCUCUAAUCUGUUAUGAGGGAGUCACUGUUGAAGAAAGAUAA